AUACUCAAUUGCACACAAGAGUUCUGAAACUGGUACUAGUUCUAGUAGUAAUCUGCUACUUGCGUAUUGUUGUCGACGGUACCACAUACGUAGAAGAAAUGGAUUUGAAACGUGUUCUCGUAGCUGAUGCAGUGGAUGCAGAAUGUACCAAACUUCUGACAGAAAAUGGUUUCGUUGUUGACUGUAAAUAUAAACAAACUGAAGAAGAAUUGGUGAAAAAUAUAAAGGAUUAUGAUGCAAUUAUUGUAAGGUCCGAUACCAAAGUGACAGAGAAAAUAAUCAAAGCAGGAACAAAUCUCAAAGUUAUAGGAAGAGCUGGUGCUGGUGUGGAUAAUAUCGAUACGAAAGCUGCUACUACCAACAAAAUAUUAGUACUGAAUACCCCAGGAGGAAAUGCCAUAUCCGCCUGCGAAUUGACCUGUUCUUUAAUAACAAGUUUAGCCAGAAAUGUGGUACCAGCAGCUGCAUCUUUGAAGGCUGGAAGAUGGGAUCGAAAACUUUAUUCUGGACACGAAUUGUAUGGAAAGACAUUGGCAAUUAUAGGCUUAGGAAGAAUAGGGAAAGAAGUGGCUUUGAGGAUGCAGUCUUGGGGAAUGAAGACAAUUGGAUUUGAUCCUAUAGUAAGUGCAGAAGAGGCAAAAAAGUUCAAUGUGGAAUCGAUGGAUUUGGAAAAAAUCUGGCCAUUGGCUGAUUACAUCACUGUACAUACACCUCUUAUUCCUCAAACCAAAAAUAUGAUCAACGGCAAAGUAUUCUCAGCAUGCAAAAAGGGAGUCCGCAUAGUCAAUGUUGCAAGAGGUGGCAUUAUCUGUGAAAAGGGUUUAUUAGCAGCCCUACAAGAUGGUCGAUGUGGGGGAGCUGCACUUGAUGUGUUUGAACAAGAGCCUCCCACAAAUCCUAUUACAUUAGAAAUUAUUCAACAUCCUAAAGUUAUCGCCACACCUCACUUAGGAGCAAGCACUUCUGAAGCUCAGAUUAGGGUAGCCGUCGAAAUUGCUGAGCAAAUUAUAGCUUUGUCUGGGAGAAACCUUUCAUACACUGAAACUCCUGGUAUAAUAAAUAGGAGCGUUCUUUCAAUGUGAUGAUAGAAUAAAAAUUCAUUCUGAA